GCGAGAAGGCACAGGAAUGGAAAGAAGGAACGAACUUAGUUGACAAGAUGGCUCCGUAUGGUGAGGAAGUUGAACGCUAUGGGAACAGAAUGCCCGUGCGGAAACAUAGGCGUGACAAAAGUGAAAUUAGUUGUUGCCUCAAGUAUCUCAUCUUCGGCUUCAAUGUGAUUUUUUGGCUGAUGGGCUUAAGCAUCAUGGUUGUUGGUGUUUGGGCCUGGACUGAGAAGGACAUUUUCAACAACCUGAGUCGACUUACUAACAUUGCACUGGACCCUGCCUUUGUGCUGAUUGUCAUUGGAGGCAUCACCUUUAUUAUUGGUUUCACUGGCUGCGUCGGUGCCCUGAGAGAAAAUACCUGCCUGCUCGCUGCUUACGCCAUAUUUUUAGCGAUCUUGUUGCUGUUGGAGAUGACGGCAGGCAUUUUGGGAUUCAUCUUCAAAGAUUGGAUCAAAUCUCAGGCAACCAACGGCUUCCAGGCUUUCAUUGUGUUCUACAGAGACGACCCUGACCGUCAAAACUUGAUUGACUGGAUUCAGGAACAGUGGCUGGGAUGCUGCGGUAUUGAGGGCCCCAAAGACUGGGACAUGAAUAUCUACUUCAACUGCUCAAGUGUGGAAGUGGGAAGUCGUGAGGCCUGUGGCGUUCCAUUUUCCUGCUGCAAGAGACAACCAAAUGAGCUCAUAAAGAACAAACAAUGUGGCUAUGAUGUACGCAAGGCUGAGUAUCAACGGGACAAGUCUCACGUGAUCUAUGAGAAAGGUUGCCUGCGAGCUGGGGAGGAGUGGAUCGAAGCUAACCUGGUGCCAGUGGCAGGGGUGGCCGUGGGAUUGGCUGUGCUGCAGGACAAGUCCCAGCGUUCGCGACUCAUUUAUGAGCGAGGCUGCCUGCAGGUUGGGGAAGAGUGGUUAGAGGUGAACCUGGUUCCCUUGUCGGGAGCACUCUUAGUUGUUGCCUUUGCUCAGAUUCUGGGCAUAUGUUUUGCCCAAAAUUUACGGGCAGACAUCUUCGCCCAGAAGGCGAAGUGGCACUGACAUCCGCUGCACACCUGGGCCAAGAUAGCCAGCCGAAGGUUUCAGGGCCCAGAGUGGCGCCACUGACUGGCCCCACACCCGCAGCUGCUGCCACCAGUGCUGACAGCAUCUGGAGCAGCCAGCAUGAGCAGCAACAGCACAGACGCAACCACCAGGUGGCUCUCAUCACCCUCUUCUGAGAGUCCAAGCACAUUACCUUCUUGGAAGCUAGUGGCAACAAAGCGUGUUGUUGGCCUAUGCUAUCUUAACUUGCAACUGACCAGUGUUCGACGUACUGUCAUCAACAAGAUUGUAAAAACUGGCAUCGUGGGACUGAGUGGUGGGUAAGGUUAAUGUCAGGCUCAAGGCAGUAAGGACGUCUUGAGGCUUGGACAUUUGAGCACGAGGUUUGACAAGCGCAUCUUGCAUUGUGCAACUUUGUGUAUUUUUCCAUGUUUGGUAGACUGUCAUAUAGUGUGUAAAUUUUGUAUCUUGCAAUUUUCUAGUGGUUGGGACUGAAAGAAUGCUACCCUCCUAUUGCUUGUUGUUUGGUGCAAGAACUGAUGUGGAAUAGCACAAGAUGCACCAUUUCAUCAUGCAGCAGCUGUCACAAGGUGUCUUUUACAGCUAUUCUAAAAGGUGUGAAGCCUGGCAGGUACAUUUCCUUCCACAUUUGCUGCAACAGAAGGUAUCUGUUCUUAAUGUUUCUGAAUUCUGUGAGACAGCAGUGUGACAAAUUCACUUGUGUGUUUAAUGGAGAUUAUUCUCUGUUCACAGUCGUGAAGGUCAUUUUAGGCUUAAUAUUCUAACGGGAAUAGGCAAACAAACUUUCUCAGUCUGAUACUUCUCAAGGACUUUUGACAUGAAAUAGUACCUUCUUCUGCCAUGUCAUUUUAAUGCAGAUACACUGGCUAUCUAUAAUUUCAAUGUACAUUCCAGCACUUUUACAAUACUUUAAGAGAAAUUGACCAGGCCUAGAGGAUAUAUUUAGUGAACAAUGAACAUGGUACAGGAAAUGGCCAUGAGGUUUACAGUGACAGUGAAUUUAGUAUCUCAUUUCAAUCAGUGUUCAUGAAAGUGUUGUUUCCAUGGACUCUUUGUAGUUUGUUGUGUUGCAUGUUAGUGGUGCACUGUCUACUUGUAAUUUUGUGGCUUUCGGCUGCUUCGUGAAGACAUUAGAUAGCUAGGUGGAGGCUUAAACCUCCCUAAAUUUUGAACAUAUUAACAUUGCCAUGUCUUGCAUCCAUAUUUUUUGUGUGUGUGUGGGAAAGAAGGUAUGGCCAUGCACUUCAGAUGUGUUAACACAAGGCAGCACAUCUUAAUCUGGUGGCUGUUCCGACUACACUGGCAUGGUAUCUUUUUUUUUUUUUUUUUGUUUUUUUGCUGUUGACAGUGUGCACUAUGCUUACACAGUACGGGGAAGGACUGUCGUACUUCAUACAUUGUGAAUUUCUAAAUAGUGAUACAAGUGGUAAUGUAUGUAUAUCUUGCAUUUUAAGCAUGCUGAAAGUCAUUAGUUGAAGACACCUUAGGCUUUUGCCUGGGCUUGCUUACUUUCAAAUACUCAUGGUUGUUUCAGCCAACUGCGGAUAUGAUGCUGGUUUACAUGUUAUGGAUUCUUGUAGUGUAACUGUCAGGUUGUUUCAUGGUGUGAUGGCAGAACCAUGUUAUGGAUUCUUGUAGUGUAACUGUCAGGUUGUUUCAUGGUGUGAUGGCAGAACCUGUGCUACAACAGGUGUACGUAUCGGUUCUGCCAUUAAGGUAUUUGCACUCAGCUCAGGCUUUUAUGGUGGCUGACUGUUGUGUUCAUAUUUUGCAUAUGAAGAAAUGUGCACUAGUAUUUUACAUGUGGCAAAGAGGUCGCAGUUUUUAUGCUGCGCUAUUGUGGCCAGAUACUGCUACUACACAAUAGAAAUUGGGAAUCGUUUAAGUUCUCGCCUGGUAUCAUUUUGUUGAGAAACUACAACUGAUCCUGCAAUAAUAUGAAUGGAAGGAAAAUCUUGAUGCACAUGUCUUCCAUUGCGUCCAUUCGAACAAAUGUGUUCCCUUAACACCAAGGAUUUUUGUGUGUAGACUGUUAAAAAAAAUUUUUUUUUUCUUUAGCUUUAUGUGUGACAGGCUGUCUUUACGACCUGAACACAUUAAGGUCACCAUUAUGGGUCUCUUGACUAGCAGCUUGUAUGCAAAAGUUCUGUCAUGUGCACUAGUAUCAGGUGUGUUCAUUUUAUGUCAGCGAGACAUUGAUUCCUGUUCUGUUUUCUAUAGCAGUGACUUCAUAAGUAUGCUUUGGGCUAGGAGUUGCCCCCUUGGAUGUAUGUUUUUUUGGGCAGUUGUCCCUAUGACAGACAGAAUAUAUUGCAGCAAGCAAAAGCUAGGGGGCACUAUUUCACUUCAUUUUUCUGCACAUUCACUUAAGUUGCUAGCAUCACCCAGUUGUAGCUUUGUCUGUUUAGCUGUGCCCACCUGUGAUUUUUUGUUCUCAGUCCACAUAAGUUAUCCUGCUGCAUGUUCACUGCCCAUUAUUGUGGCAGGUUCAGCAUCAGUGGGCAGGUGUGGUUUUUGCUCAAAAAUGACUGUUUCUUUAACUUUCCAAUUUGUGUAAGGGUCCAAUUGGCGCAAAGUCUGUGGUGCACAACCAGACGUGUCAUUUCUUCCUGCAAGGCAAUGCAUCACCAAAGCUUUUUUCCUUGCAUUGUCGUCUGAAUUCCUUGCUUGGAAGUUUUCUGCCACUGCUGAUUGUCUUAAAGAAAGCUUUGCUGAAGGUGUUUUUUUUUAUAUUAAACUUACAAUAAUGGGUUAAAUCAUGUUGCAUGUUUAUAUUCAGAGUUUAAACAUGAUCCUUGUGCAGAACAAGCUAACAUGGAGCAUUUUAAUCACUGCCGACUUAAGCUCUCAAUAUUAAGUAGUAAGGAAGAAUAUGUAUGAUAUACAUAUAGGUGUAGAUGUGAGCUAGCUUUGUGACCUUUAUUGUAACAUCAAGAGAACUUGAUGUAUACUCCAGCAUGUCAGUCUCAAUGUACAGUUUUGCCAGUUUGUGACAGUCCUGUGUGACAGUGUUUGGUUCAUGUAGUCUGUAUUUAGCUGAGCACCUGCAUCAGGCCUUAAAUGAUUAUAUCGCACUGUUGGCAAACGCUGCUAAUAUUUGUGACUCAUUUGCAGGCUUACAGCCUUGGAAGGUGCAUACACUGGUACUGGUGUUCUGCAGAGUUAGCACUCUAGUUGGCAUCUGUAUGAAGUGUGGCUGCAGCAAUGGGGAUUUUUCAGCCACUUGCCCUUUUUCAAGUCGCAUGGGGCUACAGUAGCAAUUGUGUAUUUUAGAUUACAUAUAUAUAUAUAUACAGCACUUUGCAUCAAAUUGCUCUUUAGAAAAAUGAUGGGGAGCUCUGUAGAUGAAGUUGAUCUAUUUGAAUUUUGGGAGCUCUAGUGCCCCCCUUUUUUUCUGAAUCUUUUUUUAUGAUUGCUUGUGUGAAGUUUUUCUGAAUUGUGCAGACUUUGUCCUGCACAUGCAACUGUGCUCAGUGUACAUAAAACACAAUGUGUACUCAUCUUGUUUGUAUGCCUGCUCUAUUUAUUUGUGAAUAGAGUUCUAUAUGGGAAGUUGACAAAGGAUGUCUGCCAUCUGCACUGUCACUAGUCAUGUAGAAUCAUAUAUUACCCACAAAUGCGACUUACGAUUGUCAACAAUAAACAGUGUCCUUUGAAGUUUGAAAUAA